GGGAUGACCCGGAACUGAUUCCUCCGCCGCGUGGACUCGUCGCAGGGGGACUGUUGCCGCGGCAGCUGUGAUGACCAAGAUAAAGGCCGAUCCGGACGGGCCGGAGGCUCAGGCCGAGGCGUGCUGCGGGGAGCGCACUUACCACGAGCUCCUGGUGAACCUGAACCCCAUCGCGCAGCCCCUGGCUUCUCGCCGCCUCACGCGGAAGCUCUACAAAUGCAUCAAGAAAGCCGUGAAGCAGAAGCAGAUUCGACGCGGGGUGAAGGAGGUCCAGAAAUUUAUCAAUAAGGGCGAGAAAGGGAUCAUGGUUUUGGCAGGAGACACGCUGCCCAUUGAGGUGUACUGCCAUCUCCCGGUGAUGUGUGAGGACCGGAACUUGCCCUACGUCUAUAUCCCCUCUAAGACGGACCUGGGUGCAGCUGCCGGCUCCAAGCGCCCCACCUGCGUGAUAAUGGUGAAGCCGCAUGAGGAAUACCAGGAGGCCUAUGACGAGUGCCUGGAGGAGGUGCGAGUGCUGCCCCCGCCCAUGUGAAGGACUUGGGGAGCAACCUGGGCACCCGCUCUGGAGGCUCUUGGGCUGGCAGCGGGCCACUUGGUGGCCCUUCUGCUGCCCACACUCACAGCAUCUCCCCAUCCCCGGACGCACGUAUUCUUCCCCGGCAGCUCCAACAGCUCUUUCGCUUCUCCAUCAGUGCUGUUUCCUGUUGAGCCUCCGUGAAGACAGUUCCAAGAAUGUGGUGGGGGAAGUAAAUGCUAAGACUAAAAUGUGGU